GCGCCCGGGCCCUGGGACUGGCAGAGACACGGCGGCGAGGCGGCACAGUCUCGUAUACAGAACAGCCGGAGUGGAAUAGAAAGGCAAUAUGGCGAGGAUGCCUGUCAGCGGGGACUGCAACCCGGGCACCGCAGAGCCUGACCCCCGGGCGGCACAGCACCGCCUGCAGCCGGGCAGCGCCGGGGAGGAAGAAGAAGAAGAGGAGGAUGAGGAUGAUGAGAUUCAGGAGGUCCAGAUUACCGGGGAAGAGGAGGAGGAGGACGAGCUGCUGCUGCUGGACGAGGAGGACGAGCUGGAGGAUGAUGAGAUGCAGCUGGAGUGGGACCCUGAGGACGGCUCUCUGCUGGAGUCUCCUUUCACCCGCCUAGGUGAGCGUGCAAGCGCGCUGCUCCCCCACCCCUCUGCCCAGCGCCCUACCAUGGUGCCCGGCCUGCGCUCCGGGAUGGUGGCGACGGACAUGGAGCCUUUGCUGCUGCAGUUGGGGGGCGCAGGGGGGGCGGGUGACGGGGGAGGCUGCCUGGGGUCCCCUUCCGAGCGGCCCGAGCGAGCCCGGCUCAGCGAGAAUACCCGCCUGGCCACCCGCUACGCGGUGCGCAUCUUCCGGGAGUACCUGAGUGAGAAGUCGCAGAGCCCGGACUUCGAGAGCAUGGACAAGGAGGCGCUGUGCCGGGUGCUGCGCUCCUUCUAUGCCGAGGCGCGCUCCAAGAGCGGCCAGCUGUACAGCAAGUCAUCCCUCAUCAGCAUCCGCUCGUCCCUCAACCGCUACCUGAACGAGCCCCCCUACUGCCGCACCCUGGACCUCACCAAGGACCCGGAGUUACGCAGCGCGAACUUAACGCUGGCUGCGGUUAUACGCAAGCUGGAGGAGCAGGGGGCCGGCCCGGUGGUGCAGAAGCAGGCCAUCACCAGAGCCGACCUGAGGAAGCUCUACACAUCGUGCGUGUUCAGCGUGUGCAGCCCCUUCGGACUCCUCAAUAAGGUCUGGUUUGAGACCUGUAUGUACUUCUGCACCAGGGGGAGGGAGAACCAGAGAGAGCUGGAAGAGGACUCUUUUGGCCUGGCCAUGGAUGAGGAUGGUAGGAGGUUCGUCUACUUCAAAGCGCUGGGACCUUACCACAAGUCACGCUCCUCGUCCUGGGGGAAGAAACGCGGUGGUCCGGGCGGCGGGGGUGUCGCCGCGGAAAGCGACGAGGAGAACCUGCCGCGCAUGUACGAGACUGGCACAGAGUUCUGCCCGUAUGCCAGUUUUGUCAAGUACCUGGCCAAGCGCAACCCGCUUUGCAAAGCCUUCUUUCAAAGGCCACGGGACCAUUGCUGCGAGUCUGAUGUUACAUGGUACGAAAAUAAAGCCAUUGGCAAGAACUUGUUGGGUACCCGCAUGCAGAUGUUAUCAAAGGCCGCCAAGCUGUCCAAAACAUAUACUAAUCAUUGCAUCGGCGCCGUGUCUGUGGCCACCCUAAACAGCAUCGCUGGCAUCGGUACCAAGCUAGGACCACCUUUCUUCCUGGACAACAUGAAUGGGUCCAGACACAGGCAGGUUGCACCUGGCAAUACUUUUAUCCUCCCUAAGCCAAGAGGUGGGCUGCAGGAACCUAAGAACGAGGCACACAAGCGUCCUCUGUAUGACUCGACCCAGUCCAUGUAUUCGGCCGGGGACAUCACUUCUCAGUCUCCGAAAAGACUAUGUCUCAGGCCUACUGAUCCUUCAGACUGUGUGCUGGUGGUUUCGGUCAAGAGCGACCCUCAGCCAUCUUGCCCAGAAUCCAAUGGUCACAAGGCGCUCGCAGCCUCACCCGCAGUUACGUCCCCUCAAGUGGUGCCCCCUGUUCAGGACACCCGGCCCAAUAUGUCCAGACCUCUGAUCACCAGAUCACCUGCAUCUCCUUUGAACAAUCAAGGCAUUCCUACCCCUGCACAGCUCACCAAGUCCAACGCACCCGUCCACAUCGAUGUUGGUGGACACAUGUAUACCAGCAGCCUGGCGACUCUCACAAAGUACCCUGAUUCCAGAAUUGGCAGACUUUUCGAUGGUACGGAGCCUAUUGUUCUGGAUAGCUUAAAGCAGCACUAUUUCAUUGACCGCGAUGGGCAGAUGUUUCGCUAUAUCCUAAACUUCCUGCGCACAUCAAAACUCCUAAUCUCUGAUGAUUUCAAAGAUUACUCUCUGCUCUAUGAAGAGGCAAAAUACUUUCAUCUCCAGCCCAUGCUCCUGGAGCUGGAACGGUGGAAACAGGACAAAGAGGCUGGCCGUUUCUCGCGGCCCUGCGAGUGUUUGGUAGUCAGAGUUGCGCCUGACCUUGGCGAAAGGAUCACGCUGAGCGGAGACAAGUCGCUAAUAGAGGAGGUUUUUCCGGAAAUUGGGGACGUGAUGUGUAAUUCAGUCAAUGCGGGCUGGAACCACGACUCUACACACGUUAUUCGGUUUCCGCUUAAUGGAUACUGUCACCUCAAUUCAGUACAGGUGCUGGAAAGGUUGCAGCAGCGUGGCUUUGAGAUUGUAGGCUCAUGUGGUGGAGGAGUUGACUCUUCCAUGUUUAGCGAAUAUGUACUAAGACGAGAACUGAAAAGGACAUCUCGCGCACCUUCCGUCAUUCGAAUAAAACAGGAGCCGUUAGAUUAAAUUGACUAUUUUCUUAUGCAAAAUGGGACAGUUCAUAGGGCGAUGGUACACAAACGUCCUGGAAUCAACACCAAUUAAGGCAUUUUAGUCACCUCAAAAGACAUUCAUUGCUGGAAUUCUACUGCAGCACCAGGAAAACACUCUACGGGAUGUUUUUGAACAUAGGGAAAUAUAGAAUAUGUAAAAUCAUGGUACGCUACUGUGAUGGUCACCACACAUUAUUCACAUGAUAUUGUACAUUCACAUGAAUAUAUACCAUAAUAAAACCUAUGUUCACAGUUAUUAUUCUGAACAUCGAGUUUUAGCCGCUGGAAAAAAUCCUUCUAUAGUUGAAGGGCUUAAAGGCUCAAAGUAACCACUACAUUUUUUAUUCUUCAACUAAAAUUGAAAAGGGCAGUCCAAAAUGAUCAGGGAGGUUAGAUUUAUUGGCUUAAAGCCUUUUACUUUCAAGAUGAGCUGUUAGAGGGUUGCAUGCCCCCGGAGGGAGAAGACUUCAAACCAAGGAACAUAUAUGAAAUCAGCGUUGUUUCACUGCCAGAUGCAUUUCUUUAGUUGGAGGCAUUCAUGAUCUGGAUAUAAUCAUUUUGGGAUACAUUAACAAAACCAAACACCUCUAAAAUUACCCUUUUUUCAUCAAACAAAA